AUGCAUCGUCUUUUUACUGAGCUGGAGCCAUCUAUUACUGUCACCGAGCAAAACCUGGCAGACCGAGUUCGGUAUAUCUUACGCUCAAAUAUAUUUGAUGGCGCCGAACUCGAACGGCUACGACGUGAGGCUGUUCCCUCAUCAAAUGAAAACGCUACGACUGAGGGUGCGGUGCCACAAGUUGCAGAACAACCCGCACACGUGGAUGCCGCCGAGAAUACCCCAGUGGUUGCCGAUUCAAAUGAUGAUGGAACAUUCACCCAGGAACUAGAAAUAGAGCAAAUGAGGAGUACAUUGGAAGAGGCGAUUAUGGAAACGCGCAGUACGCCUCUCGAAAAUCGACCGCGACUUCCCCGCAUAGCCCUAAGCAAGCGGAAUCGGGCUGUCGUGAGGGCUCUGAACCCAAUGCUGGUGACCUAUUUGGAAGCCAGCCGGGACCUUUGCGAGACGGACUCAAUUCUCUUUGGCGCCGCACUGGCAGUCUGCCGUAUUAUACGCGCCAAACUUUCCACGGCUGGACGCACUACUGGACAAAGUAGUGCUAUCCCAGCCUGGAGAACAAGAAUUGAAGAACGUAUCGCAAAGGAUAGGGCCCUCAUCGGCAGACUGAUAUGCUUCAGGUCAGGCAAUACCAGGCCAAGGAUUGUACGCACCGUCAGGAUGGCGUUUGCUGGGACAAAUGUUAGUUUGUCCCAGCCGGAUAUAAUGCAAAAACUGACGGAGCGCAUAGACGACCUGAAGCAGAGAAUCGCUGCUUGGGGAAAGCGAAUUCGGCGAUAUACCGAGAGGUCGACACGGUUCAACCAGAAUCGUCUCUUCCAGAGUGAUCAGAAGAGGCUCUAUAAAUCAUUGGAGCGACCAAUGGUAAGUGGAACGGGCCCAGUACCGAAUCAGGCCGACACGGUCGCAUUCUGGCGCAGCCUGUGGUCAGAGCCCGUAAACCACAACGAGGGCCCUUGGACGGAAGUUGUGGCGAGUCAGUGUGCGGGUAUUACGCCCAUGGACCCCGUCACCAUAACGCCGGAUGACGUAGCUGAGGCGGUCCGUAGGGCCCCGAACUGGAAAAGUCCGGGACUCGACGGGCUGCAUCACUACUGGCUGAAGGGGUUCGUGAGCAAAACCUGGCAGACCGGGCAGAUAUUUGAUGUCGCCGAACUCGAACGACUACGACGUGAGGCUGUUCCCUCAUCGGAUGAAAAUGAUAUGGCUGAGGAUGCGGCGCCACAAAUUGCAGAGCAACCCGCAAAUAUGAAUGCCGCCGUGAAUACCCCAGUUGUGGUUGAUUCAAACGAUGAUGGAACAGUCGCCCAGGAACUGGAAUUAGAGCAUAUGAGGAGUACAUUGGAAGAGGCGAUUGUGGAAACGCGCAGUACGCCUCUCGAAAAUCGACCGCGACUUCCCCGUAUAGCCCUAAGCAAGCGGAAUCGGGCUGUCGUGAGGGCUCUGAACCCAAUGCUGGUGACCUAUUUGGAAGCCAGCCGGGACCUUUGCGAGACGGACUCAAUUCUUUUUGGCGCCGCACUGGCAGUGUGCCGUAUUAUAGGCGCCAAACUUUCCACGGCUGGACGCGCUACUGGACAAAGUAGCGCUAUCCCAGCCUUUUCUUUUUUUUAA